AUGGCAGACAAACUGGCCGCUGAAUCAGGUGCCUGGGAGCAGGACCUCGACAAUGUUUCUUCUCAAGAAGCGGCCCCAGAGCCGGAAUGGACUCAAGCCGAAGAGAAGGCAGCCUUGCGAAAGCUCGACUUUUUCCUCAUGCCCAUGCUGGUCGGCGGAUUCUUUGUCCUUCAGCUCGACCGCAGCAACAUCAGCAACGCCCUGACCGACACGCUCACGACCGAUCUCGGCAUCACCUCCGACGACGUCAAUCUCGGGAGUCAGCUCAUGUUGAUCGGCAUCAUCGUCGCGGAAAUCCCGUCCAACGUUCUUCUCCAGAAACUGGGCGCUCCCAUCUGGCUUACGUUCCAGAUGUUCGUCUGGGGCCUCAUUGCUCUGACCCAGGCGUGGUGCACCAAUAUCCAUUCCUUCUACGCGACUCGAUUCCUGCUCGGCUUGUUUGAGGGUGGUUAUAUCCCCGGUGCGCAGUAUAUGCUCGCCCUAUUCUAUACCCGGAAGGAAUUGGCCUCGAGGACUGCGAUCUUUUACUUUGGAAACUAUUCUGCUACGGCUACGGGGUCCUUGAUUGCCGCGGGUGUCCUUCAGAUGGCCGGCAUCAAUGGCCUCUCUGGCUGGCAAUGGCUUUUUAUCUUGGAGGGCGCGUUGACUCUUCUCGUAUUUGUCUGCUUUGUAGCCUUCCUUCCUCGCAGCCCAGCCCACACAGCUCCCAUCCACGGUCGUUGGGACUUUUUUACUGCCCGCGAGCGCAUUAUUCUUCGAUCCCGCGUUGUCGCCGAAGAUGAGAGUAAAGGAGAGGAUAAAGCUUCAAUUACGAUAAGCAGUCUACUUGGAGCCGCCGUCAAUUACCGACUCUGGCUACAUCUGAUCCUCAACAUUGUCAGUCUUGCCCCGAAAGGUGGAUUGCAACCCUACGGACCUACCGUCAUCAAGAGCCUCGGCUUCUCCAAGAUCCACGCCAACCUUCUCAAUGCGGUCAGCAGCUUUCUUGUCAUCAUCCUCUCAUUCCUCAUCUCGGUUUGCUCGGACAAGACUCGUCUCCGGGGUCCCUGGUGCAUCGUUGCCUUUGUCUGGUCCAUCGCCUUUGCGGGUGCGCUGUUCGGCCUGCCACUUGGAACUGAGAAAUGGACUCGGUACGCCAUCUUCACACUCCUCAGCGGUGGCAAUGCCUUAUCUCAGGGUCUCAACGACGCUUGGCUGAGCAUCAAUGCAACCAAAUCAAGCCACCGGAGUCUUGGACUUGCUAUGGUGGUUAUUGGCAGUAACUUGGGAGGACUUGCGGGACAGCAGCUAUUCAGAUCAUCGGAUGCGCCGCGGUACACGCGGGCGUUCUUGGCCAUCUUGAUACUGUAUGCGGCAUCGAUACCAAUCACUCUGCUGAUAAUGUGGGUUUAUUGGCGGGAUAAUAAGAAGGGCAGGGAUGAAUUUGUUGCGCAGAGUGAUGGUAGGAUCACCAAGAGAUUUGAUCUAUAG